AUGGGAGAGGAUCGUGGAUUUCCCGGGAUGAUAGGAAGCAUCGAUUGCAUGCACUGGGAGUGGAAAAAUUGUCCGACCGCUUGGAAAGGACAAUACACACGGGGUUCUGGAAAACCAACAAUCGUUUUAGAGGCUGUAGCUUCAUAUGAUCUAUGGAUAUGGCACGCGUUUUUUGGCCCUCCAGGUACUCUAAAUGAUAUCAAUGUUCUAGAACGUUCACCAGUUUUUGAUGAUGUCUUACAAGGUAAAGCUCCUAAAGUGAAGUACUUUGUUAACGGACAUCAGUAUAACUUGGCGUAUUAUCUCACCGAUGGAAUUUACCCUAAAUGGGCUACAUUUGUCCAAUCUAUUCCACUUCCACAAGGUGAAAAAGCUACAUUAUUUGCUAAAACACAAGAAUCUGUCCGUAAAGAUGUUGAACGUGCUUUUGGAGUUUUGCAAGCUCGUUUUGCUAUUGUCAAAAAUCCAGCUCUGAUUUGGGAUAAGGUAAAAAUAGGAAAAAUUAUGCGAGCAUGUAUAAUACUUCACAACAUGAUAGUUGAAGACGAACGAGAUGGAUACACACAAUAUCAUGUUGAAGAAUUCACACAAGUAGAGGCAAACAGAACUUCUCAAGUGGAUUUGGCGUAUGAGACUGAUUGGGCUUCAAAUAUGACAAAUUUGAUGGGCAUAAGAAAUAACGUUCGUGAUCAAAAUACGCAUUACCGAUUGACAAAUGAUUUAGUUGAACAUAUAUGGAACAAAUUUGGUUGA